AUUUAUUAUGACAACACAACAAACAUCAUCUUAGAUCUUUUCGUCAGUUGUUGAGCGAGUAAGUUUAACUGCAACUAUGGCUGAGCUAGAAGGAGAAGUGGGCGAUUUGGAGGUGAACGCUAUAAUAGGAUUCGAUGGAGCGAUCGUGGGAGGACUAAAGGUGCACCCGGACGGCGAGCACAUCGUUUUUCCAAUAGGAAAUAAGGUGGCCAUCCAGCACUGGUCGACUAAAAGACAGUACUUCCUUUCGGGACAUACAAACGUCAUUUCGGCAAUCGACGUUUCGUCAUCGGGAAAGUAUAUAGCCUCAGGGCAGAUUAAUCACAUCGGAUUUAAGGCGCCGGUGAUCAUUUGGGACUUUUACAAGCGCGUGAUGCUAUCGAGACACGAGAUACACAAAGUCAGAAUUGAGGCGCUGAAGUUUUCGACUGAUGAUCGCUACGUGACGUCUUUGGGUGGGAGAGAUUGUGGAAAUAUAGUCGUGUGGAAUGUGGAAGCGGGGGCUUUGCUGAGUGGAACGGAGGCGAGUAGAGGUUCCAAAGGAGAGGCCACGUGUUUGUGCGCCUGCAAUAUUAGAGGAGAGUGCUUUAUAUCGGGAGGGGAUGGUAAUUUAAUCGUCUGGGGUAUAGACGUUGUGGCGCGAAGCAUUGCUGGAUUUGACGUCAACAUGUCAAAACUCAAGAGGGUGAUCUACUGCAUGGAAAUGAACGAGCGCGACGAAGUUUGUUACUGCGGCACCAGUACAGGCGAUAUCCUCAAGGUGAGGCUAAAUUUCCAUCCCAAUUCUGAAAUUUUGCUGCCAGUAAAACCACCCAUAAUGCAAGGGUGUUUUACUAAGAUGAGUUCCAAGCCGUUACCUAAAGGAGUGGUGGACUUGUACGGGCAAGGUGUUCGCUCUUUGGUUUUAUUCAAAAAUGGAAGACUGCUAGUAGGCGCCGGUGAUGGAACCGUGGACCUAGUGGAAGAGAAGAAAAGCAGCAAAGUAGUACAUGAACCUGCAACGGGUGGAUUUAAAUUGCCGUCUCAUCCUUUACUACGCGUGCUUAAAUCUACAAACGUAAAGUCUUCGGUGACAUCACUGCAAAUGUUCCGAGAGAACACUAUCUUGGCGGGCACUAGCAAUUGCGAAAUAUUCAUGAUUGAUUUUUCUACAUUCGAGACAGAUUUGGUUGUCACCUGCCACAACUCUGCCAUUUACUGUGUGGCAUUUCCUUAUCAGUUCUCCGAAGUGUUCGCAACGGGCGGCAAGGACGAUGUUCGACUAUGGAGUGUCGACACCUCCCAAGAAUUGCUUCGUAUCAAAGUGCCCAAUUUCAGUUGCUCCGCUAUCGAAUUCGCGCAUGAUGGCAAAUCAAUUAUCACCGCUUGGAAUGAUGGAGUAAUUCGAGCCUUCACCCCGCUGAGUGGGCGGAUGAUGUACGCGAUUAUGAACGCUCACAACAAGGGCGCUUCUGCGUUAGCGACCACCCACCAUGGCAGGACGCUGGUCACCGGAGGAUGCGAAGGCCAAGUGCGCCUCUGGGAUAUAUCCCCUACGAAGCAGAAGCUUUUGAUCACACUCAAAGCGCACAAUGGCCCCAUUUCGGAAAUUCACGUAAACAAAGCAGACGACGAAGCGGUUAGCGCGAGUACUGAUGGAAGCUGCAUCGUUUGGGACAUUAUCCACCAGUGCCGCAAGCAAGUCCUCUUCUCGAACACACUCUUUAUGUGUGUCAGGUACUACCCCACCGAUGUUCAAAUCCUUACGGGUGGAUCAGAUAGAAAACUGGGCUACUGGGAGGCUCUGGACGGGAAUUUGGUGCGAGAAGUUGAGGGCUCUCAGUCGGGUGCAGUUAACUCCUUGGACAUAUCGAGCGACGGUGUGUUUUUUACUACGGCCGGUAACGACCAAAUCGUCAAGCUGUGGAAGUACCAAGAGGGCAUUACGACCCACAUUGGGAUUGGGCACUCCGCCGUUGUUACCGCUGUACGAUUCAGUCCAGAUAUGGAAUUUAUCGUUUCAACCAGCGCCGCUGGUAGCAUAUUUGUGUGGAAGAAUCCCUUCUAUCUAACGCCAUCACAAACUCCUACACCUGACAACAAAGUGACAGCGAGCACGGUAAAAGAAGGAUCUGAAGAACGCGUUGAAGAUCUGCCCAGCACGCGCAGCAGUGUCCAAAGUCCCAAAAGUGGGGACGAGAAGACUGUGCCGAAAGAAAAAACAUGUCUAUGUCCAUGUGUUAAGAAUAAUCAAGACAAAAGUAACGCGUAACU